CUCCACUUGGAUCUUCCCUCUGCAGCCUGGUGGCUACAAACGCGGCCCGGUUCCGACUUGCAGCAGGUCCAGACAAGAAGCUGAUGGAGAUGGGCUUGCGUCGGGCUCAGGGGCUGGACGGAGGCCUCUCGGCAUCCAAGUACUCCUACGUGGGGGGUUUUGAUUGUACCAGCAACGUCCUCGCUGGGAAACUCUACGGGAUUCCAGCACAGGGAACACUGGCUCAUUCCUACGUGUCCUCCUUUACCUCCAUGGCCGACGUAAACCCACGGAGCCUGCUGCCCCUGACUGGGAAGGAGCCCGUGGAUUUUCCAACCUUAGUGGAGACGUGGUUAACCCAAGUAUGCCAAUUACUGCAUGUCCCUCUGGAGAGGGUGAGUGGUGGAGAGCGGGCAGCGUUCAUGUCCUAUGCCAUUGCCUACCCACACAACUUCCAAGGGCUGGUGGACACCUACUGCGUCAUGAGGAGUGGCAUCCCCAACUUCUGUGCCGUCGCCCUCGCACUGAGUCAACUGGGAUACCGAGCCAUCGGAGUCCGGCUGGACAGCGGGGACCUGGCCAAGCAGUCAGUGGAGAUCCGGCACAUCUUUCGGACCUGUAGCAAGCAUUUCCACGUCCCUUGGUUUGAAACGAUACCCAUCACGGUAAGCAAUGAUGUCAGCGAACAGAGCCUGGAAGAACUGUCUCGAGAGGGCAAUGAAAUCAAUAUGAUUGGCGUUGGGACCCACCUGGUGACGUGUCCUCUUCAGACGACCUUAGGCUGUGUCUACAAGCUGGUAGAAGUCAAUGGCUCUCCAAGGCUGAAGGUGACCGAAGACCCAGAGAAGACAACCUUGCCCGGAAGGAAAGUGGUCUACAGACUUUGGGAUGCUGCAGGAUUCCCAUGUAUGGAUCUCAUGGCAUUGGAGGAAGAGUCUGCCCCCGAGGCUGGCCAGGAGGUUGAGUUUUGGCCUCUAGGAGGAACCGAGAAAGCUGGGAAGUUGAUUCCUGCUGCAGUGGAAGUCCUUCACCGCGUCUACUUUAAAGAUGGACAGGUUUGCCAGCCCCUUCCCACCCUCAUGGAGAUCAAGAUUCACGCUCAGACGUCGCUGGAUAAGCUCAAUCCUGUCCAUAAGAGGCUGCAGGAUCCGGAGGCCUACCAGGUGGCCGUGACGAAAAAGCUCUACCUGCUCCUCAUCGACCUGCAGAAGGGCAACAGCCCCUGAACGCGGCGCCCGAGCAUCACUCCAGCACCAUGCACUGAAACCAACCAGUGGCUGCUGUGGGGAUGCACAGCUGCUCCAUCCUCAGGACUGGACGAGUCCCCAGACUGGGGGCUGCAUGCUGCCAUGCCAACACCAAGCCAUUCGCAUGCCCACACCACCACUCCUCAGUCACCCUGCACCACGCACCCAGCAAGACUCUGUGUCCCCUUCCCAGGGACCCGGCCAAGCCACUGGGGAGAGGAGAGGAGAGGAGGGUCGCUCCUGCUGGAACCCCACCAUGAAUGGCAGCAGCCCCCCCCCCCCAGUCUUGGUGUGCUGGGUGGAAGGAGGAGCCCCCCAAGCCCUUUUCUGUCUCACAGCACACGGGCCGCUGGCAGUGGGAAUCGCUGGAAGGAUGCAGGCCUAGGGAUGGCGGUAGCCAUGGUGAUGUCAUGACACGAGUGACCUGCCUCCCCCGCUCCCCAGAGCCCCCGGGAUCCAAUUUGUGGAGAUCCCCACAGGCUAGAGAAUCUGCUGGUUGUCAAAUUGGGUGAGCCUCCCUGGGUGUCCCCCCGCCUCCCCCCCCCGAGCGAAAGCCUUUAGCAACACUGCACCUUUACGUGCCUUUUCUUGCUUUGAGAACUGUGUGUCUUUUCUCCCAUGAAUGUGAUCUGCGUGGAA